AUGGCAGACAGCUCAGACGACAUCCAGUCCGACAUCUGGGCAUCACCCACCAACGAUGCCGCAUUAGCUGCUCGACCGAAAACCCCCAAGUCUGCCAAUUCCGCCAAGUUUCCCAAGUCUCCCAAGUCUCCCAAGUCUCCCAAGUCUCCCGAGACGCCGACGGCUCAUGCGGCUCCGUCAGAAACCAUCAGCCGAGAUGAUCUCCUGCGCAGGGAGCUUGAAGGCGUGAAAAAUGUCAACGAAUCCAUCGAAGGAAUCCUCGGCACUCUCAAGCGGGCAGGAAAUAACAUGGAGGUUGUCGUCAACACCGUUGCGAAUGCCUCCAACUUGCUGAACACGUGGACGAGAAUCCUGUCACAAACCGAGCACAACCAACGUUUACUUCUACACCCUGGUUGGAAAGGCAUGACCGAGGACUUGGCUGAGCAAGAGGCCGAAGCGUUGGAGAAAAAGCGGGCCGCGGAACGAAAGGCGGCCGAGGAAGAACAAAGGAGGGAGGAGCUGCGCCGACGUCGCGAAGAGGAGGAACUGUCCCGGAGACUGACCAUGCCCACCUCCAGACGCGCUCGAGGCACAAGAGCUUCGCGAACGCUCGGGCGCGUCGCAACCAGAAGUGCUGUAUCCGGGAGUCGUUUGCCAGAGCCUCCGACGGCAAGCUCUGCUUCCAGGAGCCGGGGCACUUCGGGUAUAGGGAGACGCGCAGGAUCAACACGGUCCCGAAGCCGUUCGCGGGGAGCAAGAUGA